AUGAGUGAAUGGCGUGAAUUUCGUCCACAACAAAAAUUAUUAAAUGCAAAAUUUGAUGGUUAUCGUUUAACACUUGAACCACUUGCACAAUAUACAUUAAAAUUUGAUAAUAAUAUUCAUGUACAAAAAGAUAUACAACUUGAUAAUGAUUUAUAUACAUAUAAUAGUAUAAAAGGAUUUAAAUCUUUAAAUCAACUUUAUAUAAAUAAUAAUGAUUUAUAUUUUUUUGAUCAAAUGUAUUCAAUACAAAAAAUAAAUUUAUCAUCGAAUGAGUCAUUUUCACAUAUGCAACAACCAACAAUUGUUUAUCAAUUACCAAAAAAUACAUUAUAUGGAUCAAUGGCUUUUAUAACUGAUUCACUUGUUUUUGUAUGUGAUGGUCGUUCGAAAUUAUUUAUUUUAAAUACAAAUAAUAAUUCCAAGUGGAAACUUUUACAUGAAGAAGAUUUCGAUGAAUAUUUAACAACACCUAUACGAUUAUUACAUGCUGUUUGUUAUCAAGGUUAUUUACAUGUAAUUAUUGGUUUUAUUCAAACAGAAUGUCAAUUAUUUUGGGUAACAUUUUCAUUGGAAUCAUCAAAUGAAAUGAAAUUAACAAGAAGACGAACAUUAAAUGGAAAAAAAUGGCCCGAUUUUGUAGCAAUUGAAUCUAAUGGACAAGGAUUAUAUAUUGCUGCUGAAGGAUUGUAUAUAUUUACAUUUGAUUCACUUAUUGAGGUUAAAAAAGAAGACAUACCCAAACAAUUAGUCAUUGAAAAGAUUGAAUCACCUCUUCAUUAUAUUUGGUCACAAACUCAUAGUAUUAUUGAAAUAGAAAUUGAUACUCAAACAAAUGAACCACAACAAUGGUCAGUUAAUAUUGAAUCUAAUCAUUUGAAAUGUUCAGUUAAUGAUGUUAUAUUAAUUAAUGCUAAACUUUAUGACAAUAUUGAUCCAAAAGAAAGUUCAUACGUAGUUACAAAAGAUAAAAGCAAUCAGUUAUCAAUAACUUUACAUAAAUCUAAUAUUGGAUCAUUUUGGAAUGAAAUAUUUAAAGAAGGUCAAGCUAUAUCAGGUGACAUUAAAAUGAAUUCUCUACCUGAAACAACGAAUAAUAUUGAAGAAGACGAUGAAAUUAAACAACCAUAUAAUAGUCAACAACUUGAAGAAUGUGAUCAAUACGCAAAUGAUACUGAUAAUUUUUUAUCACGAUUUGAUGGUGAUACACAUUCUAUUACACAUCAAGCAUUGAUUUAUAAUCAAAUACUAUUUACAAAAUUAAAUCCACCAUCACUAUGUAUUCGUCAUGAUGUCGAUGGACUCAUUUGGCAUAUAAAUUCCAUAGUAUCUAAUGAUCAAGCACCAUGGACUCAUGAAGCAACAUUAAAUGCAUUUGGUUAUGUUCAAGCAUCUAAACAAAGUCGUAAAUUUAUUUCUACUCCAAAUGAUUAUUCAUAUGCAAUAAUAUCUGAUACAAAUACACAUCUAUAUAUUUAUAAACAAAAUUCUCCGACAUCAAAUCUAUCUGGUUCAUCAUUACGUAACCGAAAGAGUGGUAAACUUGUUGAAAAUAUUGCAAAACAACAUAUGAUAUCACUUGAAAAUCAUAAUGAAAUACUUGGUCUUAUUACAACAAAUGAACGAACAUAUAUUUUGACUGAUGAUCAAUUAUUUAUUAUAACUAUUUGA